AUGGCAUUUUUGGGCAUCACAUACUCUCUUGACAGAGACGAGAAUUUCGAUAAAUUCGUUGAUAGUUUGGAAAUCCCUGAAGAUAAGAAACAGUUGCUGCUUUCUUUCAAACCCUCCCAGUCGAUUAGAAAGGAAGGUGAUGCAUAUGUAUUGAACACAACAAGCCCUGGUGGUGGCAGCAAGGAUUUGAAAUUCCAAGACGGUGUUGAGUUUGAUGAGGAAGUUGCUCCAGGCGUCGUUGCAAAAUCAACUUUCAAAGUUGAAGGCAAUGUCGUAACCCAAGUUCAAAACCUUGGUGACCUUGUCCUCACCUACAAGAGGGAAUACUCUAACGAUCAACUCGUCGUGGUUCUUUCAUCCAGCAAAUGGGACGGAGUUGCACGAAGAUACUACAAAGCGGCCUAA